CGCAAAAUCGGGAUUUCUUGCUGUCGAAAAAAAGUCUUUUUCACUCAAUAUGUCACGGUAAUUGAUCUCGGAUAAUUUUCCAGAAAUAUUCCUUGAAUUGUCGCUUGUGAGAGUAAGAAAAGUGCUUUAGGAAGUGUAUAAAAUUGCGACUGUUGAUAAAAUCAAAUAGAAAAGGCGAUGGAGUUUGGUGAUGAGAAUGGAGAUAUUGUGUUUCAGGAAGCAGACAUUGUCAAUGCAGACGAAGAGUCUGAGACGGAAAAGCCAGAUGUUGAACGAUGGGAUCCACUUGGGGCGGCCAAUGACUCGGAAUCUGACGUCAGACACUUGGAUUCUGAGCGUGAAUUGGCCUCUGAAUUAGAGCACUUUUGUGACAUCAGUCGCAUACGGAAUCUCGAAGAAGAGCAAGAAAUGCUCACAUCAUCUCUUCUGGCUCUCACAUCGCAUUUUGCCCAAGUGCAGUUCCGCCUCAAGCAGAUAGUUAAAGCUGCUCCCGAGGAGCGCGAUACUAUGCUAAAAAAUUUGGAAGAAUUUGCCUUCCGAGGCAUUCCAGAAGUGCAAGAAAUUGAGAGUGGUAACAGUAAUCUCAUAAUGUCUUCGGUGGAAUGGCAACGGACUCGCCAGCAGGAACUGAUUCAACAGCUGAAGAGUCAAUUGGAAGAUUUGGAAAAAUUUGCAUUUGAGUCAGGAGAACCCGUCCUGCCACAAUCGAUGCUUGUGGAAAAGCAGAAAGUCAUCAUUGACGAGUUCAAGAGCAAAAUCAAUCUCAAUCUAGAUGAAAAUGCUCUACCCCACUUGAGUCCAGAGGAUUUGCGUCAUCAGGUGGAUUCUGCUUUGGGUGAAUUUGUGAGUCCCCUAAAGAUGAAAGACCAACUCGUAGCUCAGCUCAAGACUCAAAUAACCGAUCUCGAGCGGUUCAUUGAAUUCAUACAGAAUGCCGAUGAAACCGUUGGAGAGGAAUUGGACACAAAUUGCGAUUGCAUCUCGGAGGAGCAUCGCCGAAAACCACUUCUAAAGAAGAACUCUCGUUCCCGCAUCUCCAGCACAUCGAGCCAAGAUGGCCACAGUCGAGGUACAGAAGGGAAAUUUGUUGAACGUAGCCAGAGUAUGAUGAAAAGAGUGCUAACACUCCUAGAGCUGUUCACAUCAUCCCAAAUUGGAUGUGCAUCCACAACUAGGAGAUUCCAGAGGAAUUCCUUCAAAAAGACUGCCAGAGGAAGUCAUUGGGGUGACUUGCGUGCUCAACUUGAGGUGGACAUUCAGGAGAUUUGCAAUUUUGCCAAGAAGAAGGACGAUGACUCUCAGGAUGACUCUACAAGUGUCUACCUGAGUGAUUCUGACUCUGAGCCAGAUUGUGCCCAAGUAGUUACUCAGCAGAGACGAAAGAAAUCUUCUGCUUUGAAACCUCGGAAGCAAUCACCUGACAAUAUUUAUCUCAUGUCAAUUGUCAGAAAGCGUUUUGCCAUUACUCUGCAAAAGCUCAUGCAGCACGGUUUGCGCAAUCCGGAUAGUUCCAGCAUGAUGGUGCCCUUCAUCAGUUGCUUCGCUAUGCCAAAAGUGGCUUAUGGGGAUUAUGGAGCGGCAAUUGGGGAUGAAGAUGAAAGGGAGGGAAAGCAAAUGCAUGCGUGGGAGCUUAUUCUUGAGUACUAUUUCAUCAAGAAUGGCGAUAAAUACAAUGAGACGCCAGCAAGAAGACUUUCACAGAGCUUCAAUCUCGAGAUUGUGGGCGGAACGGCUAUUUCCGUGAAACAGGGUCUUCUCAGCACAAUCGGCAGCAUUAUUGCUCUCCAUGCGCCCUACAAACGCAACCACAAUUCUCACUUUAAGGCGUUCGUCUGUGCAGGACUGAAUUCGGGAAAAUUGACAAAAUGGCUGCAAUUGAUCUAUCAGUGUCCAGAUCUGUGCUCUACGUACUACACGAGUUGGAGUUAUACAGCCAAAACGGGCUUCAGAGAUGCCCUGCGAAGCAUGGAACCCCUAAAUCUCCUCAAAUUCGACCUACCCGUUGACUUUGCUAUUCGUCAGUUUCAGAAUAUGAAUGAUGUUUUCCAAUAAAGAAAAAGCAUUCCUACAACUCCAAUUCCUUCACAUUCCAAUCCAAUCCAAGACAAGAAAUGUUUACGUGGAAUUUUAGUCAAUUUCAUUCCCUACCAAAAGUAGAUUUUUAGCAAUUUAGUGACAUUUUUUAUUGUGAUUUCUUUUAGAGACAAUUCCCCUCCCAAGAACAAUGGAGAGCGAUUGAAAAUAUAGUGUGUUGGGUCUUUGAGACAUGUAAUAAAAUGUAUUGACUUGCCUAAGGCAUAUUAUGACAAAA